AUGGACACUGCGUUUACUCUUGCAAAGGAGGCCCUUGCCGCAAAUGAAGUCCCCAUCGGCUGCUCGUUCGUUUACAAUGGAAACAUUGUUGCAUCUGGACGAAAUCAUGUGAAUGAAUACAGGAAUGCCAGUUUACAUGCCGAAAUAUUAGCCAUAAUGGAAUUGGAGCAGUGGUGUAAAAGUCAGAAUUUGGACUUUGCAGAAGUUCUCUCUCACUCUAUUCUCUACGUAACUGCGGAGCCUUGUAUCAUGUGUGCCGCCGCCCUUCGCUUCUCGCUGCCCAGCCAACCGCUAAAGAUAGUGUACAGUGCCAAGAACGAGCGUUUUGGUGGAUGUGGCUCUGUACUGAGUAUUCACUCCGACCCUUCGUCCUGCCCGCCCUUG